CACUUUCCACGACUUCACUGCUCCCAUCUCACUGCUCGUCAUGGGUUCCCUUUACGGUCACAUUGUCAACUCAACCUACGGCUCCAAAAUUCUCUGAAAGGUGAAGAAGCCCUUCAUCGGCAAUCUGAAGCCAUGGCGAAUAUCUCGGCGUUGGUACCUUCAUGCCUUAACGGGUUCAGGUCACUGAAUGACAGUCUUCCUCCAGAGUCUGGCCGGGUUGAUGCCGAUGUCCCGGAAGGUCUUCGUCCUUUGAUCAAGAAUGAGUUGGGAAGAUUCCGAGUAUGGGUGACGAACCUGGGGGCACAUCGCGCGGGGAGGUCUUCGCUGGAUUACCGGCUACGGGAUGCAUCGCACAUCCGGGCCCAGGUGAUCAAUUUGUUGGACGACCUGCUGGAAUGUCUUCAGGAUGCCAACGGAACAGUCGAACCUUGGGACAACAUCGAAUCCACUUCAGACGGCGAGGACUCGGACAGUGAUGGCUCUGAACCUUAUGGUCCUACAGAUCUUACCGAACUAUCGCAGAUUGUUUCUGAAGCCUCUGAGAUCAUCAACUGCCUCUUCAGGCUAUCAGUCUCGAUCCACAAUCCCGCCCCUCACGGUCGCUUCAGGCGGGCAACAAUGACCGACACCUCCCAUUUUGAAAUGUUCGACACAGCCCAUAUCCGGAAUAAGUUUCCUUCCGCAGAUCAAGGAAUUGUCAAACAGCUUGGGAAAGCCAACUCCUUUAGGCGCCAAUUUUUUCGGUACCGGGAGGAGCAUCAUCAGAAACUUGCGCAAGGACUGCCAAACGAGGACAUGGAGCCGACAGGAUGCGAUGACACAAAGACAAUAGGAGACACCACUGUGGCCUCUUCUCUCCCGCAACAUCUGAAAGCAUCUAGCUCGGACGGUUCUGGUUUCGAGGACUGCGACAGCCGCUCUGAGGCUGGUCGAAUCGAGACCUCCUUUGCUCCUAGCUCUGCUCCUGAUGGAAGAGCAUCAAGAGUACCCUCGAUUCCAGACGAAGCAGAGAAUGGGCCAGUUGAGUGCCCUUUCUGUUACCGGAUGAUAUCAGUUGAGACAACGAAAGCAUGGAGAAAACAUGUUCUCGGAGACUUACGGCCCUAUAUCUGCCUACAUCCGGACUGCUACGUCACAGGGCAAGACUUCCAACGACGUCAUCAGUGGAUGCAGCACGUUCAACAAGCCCACUGGAAAACAUGGCUGUGUCCCCUAGGAUGCAAAAACACACACAUCGAAGACAUACCCGCGCUUGAAUCCCAUCUUGCAACGUUCCAUAAGGAACAUGCGGAGACUCUGAGCCCAGAGAGCCUCGUUCGACUGGCCGAACACGAUAGACCGCUUGAUGCGCCCAAAAAUUGUGAGUUGUGCAACGAAGAGCUGGACUCGUUCAAAUCAUACUCCCGUCACGUUGGACGCCACCAAGAAGACGUAGCUUUGUUUGUGUUGCCGGACCGUGGACUGGACGAGGAAUCCCUUUCAGUUGCCCAGAACGAGGAAUCUUCCAAAGGUCCUGGACUUGGCUACCUCCAAGAGAACGAGGAAGGGGGGCCUGAAUCUGAGGGUGAAUCCAACAAUUCCUUCACGGCGGAACGACAGUGGGAGUCUGAGAAAUCAGACGCCGGACACGAAGAAGCCUUGACUAAGGAAUCAGAUAUUUCGUGGCGAUUGUAUCAUUAUCAGGCGCCCGGUUCAUCCAUAAGCCAAAACACUUUGAAAGCUCAUGAAGACUACCACAGCGGGAGUAUGGGGAGAGUGUUAAGGCUUGAUGGGGGGGCACAAGGCUAGUCUCAAAAUUUAGAGCAGAUAACUGGCCCCGCCUUGUAAGAUUGCCUAGCCUUAAUAUUAA